AUGGCCCAGGUGACGAAUGAUGCAGACAUAAUUGAAAUUUGUCAUGAACCUCUUGAUAUAGCGAAAUUAUCGUCCCUGGUGUCGACGCCGUCAGCUGGAGCAAUUUCAACCUUUACCGGAAUUACAAGAGACAAUUUUGAAGGAAAGAAAGUUCUGAGGUUAGAGUACGAUGCUUAUAUUCCUAUGGCGAUGUCAGAGUUAAAGACAAUUUGUGCUACCAUUCGGAAUAAGUGGGCAGUCAAAAAGAUAGCCAUUUUCCAUCGGAUUGGUCUUGUUCCUGUUGAAGAGGCUAGCGUUAUCAUAGCAAUUUCCUCAGCACACAGAGCCGAUAGCUUGGCAGCUGUUCAGUUUUGUAUUGAUACUCUUAAAGCGAAAGUGCCAAUAUGGAAGAAGGAGAUUUAUGAAGAUGGUAGCACUUGGAAGGAGAAUCGUGAAUGUAGUUGGUCUCAAUCAAAAUAA